CCGAGGGGAGGUUGGCGCGCACAGUGGGAUGUGCAGCGGAUGGCGGGAGGAGGCGGAUGCGAGGUGGGCGGAGGGGAAGGGGAGAUGGGAGAUCCCAAUGGCGGAAGGGAGAGGGAUGGCGGAUGUGCGGGCAGCGGAAUGGAGGCCAGAGCGGAGGUGAGCGAAGGUGGAGGAAAAGUGGGCGGAGGCAGAGAGGAGAUGACGGGAGGAGGACGGGAGGUGGCGGAGGUGGAGAGGAGAGGAUAUGACGGGAGGAGAUGGCUGGAGGAGGCGGAUGGGAGGUGGUGGAGGUGGAGAGGAGAUGGCGGGAGGAGGUGGAUGGGAGGUGGGCGAAGGCUGAUGGAGAUUGGCGAUCCCAAUGGCGGCACGGAGGUGGGUGGAGGCAGUGCUGCGGACUACUGCAGUGUCUCCUUCGCACCUGAGAGAACAAACAGUGCAAAGGAGCAAUUCGUUUGGUAGUGUUGCGGUCGCCCAUAAAAUUAAGAAAGCCAUCAUGAAGGCGAAAAAAGCAAUAACUUCAGUUAAAGCAAAACCUAA